AUGUGUGAUAUAAACAGUUGUGGGACAUCAGCGUAUGGUUAUGAUCAUCAUCAGGAGAAGGUGAAGGAGAUGGCAGAGAUGGAGGAGGCGGAGAAGGAGGAGGCGGAGGAGGCGGAGAAGGAGGAGGCGGAUGAGGCGGAGGCGGAGAAGGAGGAGGCGGAGAAGGAGGAGGCGGAGAAGGAGGAAGUGAAUGGGAAGGAGGAAGUGAAUGGGAAGGAGGAGGCGGAGAAGGAGGAGGCGGAGAAGGAGGAGGCGGAGAAGGAGGAAGUGAAUGGGAAGGAGACAUUCUGGAAAAAUAACAAGUUUGGUGCCCUUCAAGGCAGAGAACAAGAAUCAGUCUUUAUAAAGGCAGCCCACUUGGUCUCCCGGCGGGACAUCGAGCUGAGGGGGUACAGUACACUCUUAUUUCUGUUCGCAUUCCCGCCUUGA